CUGCCUCACGGAGGUUCAAGUCAGCUGUGAGAACGCACUGUAUGCGUGUGGCGUGAAAACGGGAUGGAACGAUGGUCGCUUUGAAGAGGAAGGUAUUCCUAUUUUAUUCGUUUUAUAAUGAGAAGGCAGUGAGAUUAAUUUCAUACACUGAAAUUUAAAGUGCGUCGAAGCAAACACUUAGCUGGCGCACAGCAACACCUUGGUUUAUUGGUCCAGGAAGGAAAGUGUCAGCUUCUGACGCAACCGGAGCACCUAUCCGCAAGGGGGACACUAACACCUGACGUCUCCAUCUCCUGGCCGGUCUUUCCCAUCACGACUACUUUCGUUCUGCAGUGCAGGGACUGCUGCGUUUUAUGGAAGCGGAGUCUGUGCAGCCUGUCGUGGUCAUGCUGCCCCCAAAGAAUUGCCUGCCGAGGAACUACAGCUGUAUAGCUGGACUGUUCGGAAGCCUGGCAGCGGCAAACCCACGACUUGAAGAUUCGGAUGAAUGUGACAUGAUGAACGGUACCUGUGAGCCGAUCGAGAGCCCCGUGGUGGAUGAGAGACCACGGGGCAGAGAGAUACUUCUGAAGCCUCCACAGAGUCCAAACCUGCGGCGGAGAUGCAAGUCGCUGCCCACACCUUCGGAGAGAGCCAAGUUAGAAAUCUCCCGCAGCAGAAGCCCAACCAGUCAAAAGAAAGUCCGCUUCGCCGACUCCCUGGGCCUAGAGCUCAUUUCAGUGAAACAUUUCGAUGACACAGAUGUGCCAGAGGUCCCGGAGCGCAUAUUGGCAAAACUACCCAAAGGACACCCCCAUCUUAACCACUUGGACACAAAAUUCCCCCGGGCUCCUGCGCAGUCUGUGUUCAUGGAGUUGGAGUUCACCAACCCAGGCACGUUACCCGGUUUUGAGCAGAAAGUGAGGGAGGUGAAAGUCCUACUGGAGACCGUUCAGGCAGACGAAUUCAGCCUCUCCGGAUUUGUGCGUGUAUUGAAUCUGGCUUUCGAAAAGAGCGUCUCUUUGCGGUAUUCUCUAAACAACUGGAUAACAUUUAUGGACAGUUUGGCGUCCUAUGUUCCCAACUCAAACGACGGUGUCACCGAUAAGUUCUGUUUCAAGAUCGUCAUGCCCACGUACCUCGACAACGGAGGUACAUUGCAGUUUGCAAUCAAAUACUGUGUCGGCGGGCAAGAGUUCUGGGAUAACAAUGACGGGAACAACUACAAAGUGCGCCAUCACCGGUUCAAGAUGUCUCCACCUCGGGAAUGGGAGAACGGGUGGAUUCACUUUAUCUGACCUACGUUGUCUGCAGUGGCGCACUUGUGUGCGCAAUUUGCGUGUAAUUUAUCCCUGGGUACCUUAAUUAUGACUGCAGCCUGUUUAGAAUGAUUUGUUUUCUGAAAUUGUCAGCUACACACAUGCUGUGACACAGAAAAUAAUUUCCCACAAUAUUUCAACUAUUUGCCCCGCUGUGGCGACAGAUUGAGCGAUAAAACCAGGUGCAAGCCUUUGAUAGCUGCCUGGCGUGGGAUGCUGUUAGAUAAUUUGCCUUGAUGUCAAGGCUCUGUACAGCUUGGUGCCCUUUGGGAGGGUAUGUUCAAAUUAUGUAAUGUAAAAACACGUGCCACGGAAAACGUGCCGGGGUAAUAUCGACUUCAGGCAUCACGCUCAUUUGAGGAGAUGCAGUGAAUUGGCUAAAUGGGAAGCAGGAAGCAUCACAUCUUGGCUGAUGUAGAAGCCAAGCGAACCCAGUAGCAUACUCCUUGAGUGGUUUCCUGCAGGCUGGGGAAUAAACGCACAUGAUGACUCACUAAGCUGACAGUCAGACCUCUGAGAAAGGGUAUUUUAUUCAAAAAGAAACAAAACAAACAAGACUAUGUAUAAUUUCCCAAUCAUACCAUUGGAAAAAUGCCUUAUUUUAAGCCAUGGUGUAGGAAGUUGUGCAUUGAACAUUGUACAGUAUUUUCUUCAUUUAGCUUGAAUAGAUUAAAUGCAUUAGAUGGUUAUCAUCAUCAUUAAACAUACAUUUUAAUAAGACCUAUAGGCACUGGGAAUUACUCUCCAUUUACCUUUAGGCUUCCAAACCAGGGACUCAAUACUCCAUUAUAAACUUGCCUUUAGCCAUAUAUUCGCACCUAGUCAACACACACUGUAUAUUCUUUGCUGCAUUCAUGUAACAGGAUCAAAAAGGUCUAACCAAAGUCCAGAGACAAUUAACUCAAAGAAAUUGUCUCUAGGAAAAACAUCCUCAAAUUAUACCUGCAACAUGCAUGGCCUUCUCUGUCAAAUCAUAAAGGCUAUGUUUAUAAAGAAUGGGUUUUUAACAGGUUACGUUUAUCUGAAAUUACUUGUGGACCUUUACUCUUCUUCAGGUUGUGUGACAGAUCAGAUGUUAUUUUCAAAGGAAUUAUUUUCUAACAGAUACAGUCAAACUGAAAAAAGGAUUAUUGUACAUUUAAAAUUUUAAAACACAGAGUUUAUUAAUUUCUAUUGUUUGUGAUUACAUACUCGAACUUUUCAGAGAGCAGCAGCAUCUGUAGACAAAAAAUGUAAUAGGUAACUGUUUUCUGCUUUUGUAAAAGUACAUACAUGAUGGUCAUCUUUGCUCCUUGCACUUCUUACACAUGACCAAAAUGAUCUGAACCGCCUGAACUGAUGUCUGAUUGUUUCAUUUCCAUACCAUGUUCCUUGACUGAUGUUAUACAUCUCGUCUUCCCCCACAAAUAGCAGCUUAUGUUACAUUAAUAUAUUUUGAUUAACUCACUGGUGAAUAAUCCGUCCAUUAUGCUCCUGAACAUGUACUCAGUUGUUAUACCUAUCAGGGUUGUAUGUCAUUGGCAAAUGUGCUUCCUUAAAAGCAGCUGUGCAUCAUGCUUCUUUUAAAUUGUGUGAUAACGAUGUUUGUGAGUGUUCAGCAACAACAGGAAAUACAAGCAGGAUGCUUUUAAAUACAGUGCACUGACUGUAAUGUAAACAUCGCUCUGGCCUUAGUUUACAUCACCAUGGCCUCAGAGGGAAGCUCUUCAUUUAAUGAGACCAUCAGGUUGGGAUGAGGAUACAGACUAUUCCUGUAACCACUUAGUUUUUGGAGCAGUUCCAGUGUGUAUCUAUUGUUAAUGUUUCUCUCAAAAUCUGACAUGGUUUGUGUUACUGCAGUGCUAUACAGUACCUGGUGUUAUUAGAUUAGUUUUGCUGAAAUGAGAGAUGUCCAGCAGAUAGUUGAUUUGGUACCACUCAGCUUAGCUUUAUCAUGUGCAGAGCUUUCUCUUUAAAUACACUGUGGAUAUAAUAGGUCUGGUCAUGGUAGAGAUUAGUGUUGUUUUUAUUGUUAAAUCAGUGGGUAUUAGCUUAUUGUCUGCUUUGUUCUAUGCAAACUUUGUUCAAGCAUCCAUGUAGUGCAAUAACAGGAAGCAUUAAUUAUCCAGGUGGGGACUACUGAUGUGGGUACAGAGAGAUGCAUCAAUUUCAGUUGAUCAACGCCAACACAGAUUGUGAUUUUAAUAUUUUACUGAUAUCUGAUCAGAUUUGCUCUGAUAGGCAACAAUAUAGUUUGGGGUUUGCUUGAUGCAAAUUACUGUCUGAAUAUGAUGCUUUCUCUGUUUUCUAUCACAUGUAAUUCUUUGGUUUUUAAAAAAAAGUGUAAAAACUGUAAGAUACCAGUGCUCAGUUUUAGCCUGGCAUCGCCCACACUGCUGUUGUUACUGAUGCAUUGCUACCAUAAAGGAAGCGAAGGGCUUCUGGUCUGACUAGGCUUUCACCUCAGUGUGUAUACUGUAUAGAUAUGUAUAUAAAUGUGUUAAUGUCUUCCUCUUACUGUUCUGUGUUGUGUGUAUUUGGAAACAUUUUAAAGUGUAAUUGAGUGAUGCCGGUGAUAAAAGUUUAUGGGAUGAUCUAGCAAAGCUGGAAGAGAAAAUAUGAACCGAAACAUAGUGAAUUCCUAAAAGCACAGUUUUUAAUUAAAGCUUUCUUCAGGGCCUUUUAAAAUAAGGCUGGUGAUAGAUUUAGAAAUACCACAAACUGUAAUAUUUUGUCUCAAAUUAUGGUUUACAUAACCGUAAUAUAUUGUAGAAUUAUCUCUAAAAUAUAUAUACCUAAAUGUGAGCAGUGUAUAAGUGAAAUAUAUUGGAAACCCUGUGUGCAAAACCAUAGGUGUACAAUACGUCUGAGUUUACUUAGAGACAUGUAGGAGAGGUAUAAAGGGCACGUGGUUGUGUGUUAAGAAAUAAAGAGAUUGCAGAAUAUGUGACCUCUGGACAAUGACAAGGGAUUUAUCUGGGCAAGAUGAGAUGCACUUUGGUAUCUCAUAACAUUUGGCAUGAGUGACUAAUGAUUGAAGCUGAUACUGAUCAGACUCAGUCAAAGCAGUCUAUACACUUAAGAAUGAGAACAAGGAAUGUGUCCUGGUAUGUAACUGAAAGCCUCUGUGCUACUAACCAAGAUAUUCCUCUCUUUUUUCCAUAUUUCACAUCUCCUUUUUGUCACAGUGGCAGCUUAAAUAUUUUCUAAUUUAUAGCCAUUGUAUGGCAUUGGAUUUAUUUCUUGGUUUGCUUUCUAGUCAGCGAGUUAUUUUAAUUUUAUGCAAAUCCUAUGCAUGUCUUAUAUGUUGUUACAUCUGCGGUCAUCUGACUGUUAAUCUGUUCUGUGAGCUAUUUUUUUCUGAUUUUGCAGUGAAUAUUAACCAUGUUUGCAUAUACGGCAGCAACAUACCUUUAUUUAUGCUUAGUUCUUAAUGUAAUCCACAUUUUGUUAAAACACUGCUUAAUAAAGGCAUCUGCUGUAGAAACCUAGCAUCUUGUCAAUACUUUAAGCUCACAAUCUGCCAGUGUAAUCUUUAUACUGUAGUCUUUUAUUCAGUCUCUCUCUACUUAUGAACAUUGAAUACAAUCUGUUGCACAAUCAUGUAAUCCUAGGUAUUGUUUCAAAAUGUCGUGUCAUAGAGUCUAGCAAACCUCCACAGUAUCUGUUAUUAUCAUAUAAAAUAUUACUAUGCUGUGUGUGACUGCAGAGCUGUGCAUGUUUAUCGUCUCAAGAUGUCUUACUAUUAGAUCAGCUAAUGAAUGGGCUCCUGCUCCUCCCCAUUCAUAAACUAGCACACUGCGGUGGGGUGCACUAUAGUCAUCGCCAUUGUAGAAAUGGCUGUGGACAUGUCCUUGAAUCAAUUACAGACUGACGCCCCACCCCCAGUGCUUCUGAAAGGGAGGGGAUGGAGCUUGAAGCAGAGAGAGGUGCAGCACGAGCUGGGCAAAGGUAGAAUAAACAGAUAAUGAAAGAGCAUGUAAAAGAUAAUAACACGGCAUGUUUGACCUUUUCCACUCUUUGUCACACUCCCUCAGAAACCAGAGUAUUUCCUCACGGCUCAGACAGUUAGUGCAGCUAUUUAACUGCAGAGGUAAUGCAGAUGCUUGUGUAGCUUUCCUGUAAUCAGCUGUUUAAAGCCUAGCAGAGAAUUUAUAUGAAGAACAUCUGUUCUUUAAAAUUGUGUCAAACAUACUGUAUAUUCAGUCUGAACAUUAUAACACAUCCCAAACAGUUUAUCCCCAUGCUUAGAUUCAUAGCUUGUUAGUGCUACAAAUGUAUUUAAAUUAGACAUUUUCUCUGCAGUUUAUGUUGUAAACUAUUCUGGUUAACAAAUACCAAAUAAAAUCAAUCACUUUGAUUUUAAGUGUCAAACCAGCCUUUUCUCUGAAUAGCACUGGAAAACCUUAAAUGAUAAAGAGUAAGUCCACUGGCAUGCGGUUAAGUAAAGCCUGAGUCUAGAGUUCAUCAACAAAACCUCCAGUUCUGUCAUUAAAUUAAUUAAAUAGAUGAUAAUGGCACUAUCAUAUAAUAGGUCCUUCUCAUUUUCUUUGAGCAGCAAUAUACUAAUGUUAGGAUUGGAUUUCAGGAGUUAAAGUUAUUUUUCUACUUAUCAGUA